UUAUCUUUUCUUUCAUUAAAUCAUACUACCAUAUAUAUAUAAUGGCUCCUCAAACUCUUUACGAUAAGGUUUUCCAGGACCACGUCGUCCACAAGGACGAAUCUGGAUCUUACCUUCUUUACAUUGACAGACAUCUUGUUCACGAAGUGACUUCUCCACAAGCUUUCGAAGGUCUUAAAAACGCCGGAAGAACUGUAAGAAGAACAGACUGUACUCUUGCCACUGUUGAUCACAACAUUCCAACUGUUUCCAGAGCCAACCUCAAAGACUUGGACUCUUUCAUUGCUCAAGAAGACUCCAGACUUCAAGUUAAGACCCUUGAACAAAAUGUCAAAGACUUUGAUGUUACCUACUUUGGUAUGACUGAUGACAGACAAGGUAUUGUGCAUAUUGUCGGUCCAGAACAAGGUUUCACCUUACCAGGUACCACUGUUGUCUGUGGUGACUCCCAUACUUCUACACAUGGUGCCUUUGGUGCCUUAGCCUUUGGUAUUGGUACUUCCGAAGUCGAACACGUACUUGCUACCCAAACCAUUAUUCAAGCCAAGUCAAAGAACAUGAGAAUUACCAUCAAUGGUAAGCUCAACGAAGGUAUCACUUCCAAGGAUUUGAUUUUGCAUGUUAUUGGUGUCAUUGGUACCGCUGGUGGUACUGGAUCAGUCAUUGAAUUUGCUGGUGAAGCCAUCCAUGAUCUUUCUAUGGAAGCUAGAAUGUCCAUCUGUAACAUGGCCAUUGAAGGUGGUGCCCGUGCUGGUAUGAUUGAGCCAGAUUCUAAGACUUUCGAAUACAUCAAGGGUAGACCAUUAGCUCCAACUGGUGCUGAAUGGGACAAGGCUUUAUCCUAUUGGAAAUCCUUGAAGAGUGACGAAGGUGCCGUCUUUGACGAUGAAGUUGUCAUUGAAGCAAAGGACAUUGUUCCAACUAUCACAUGGGGUAACUCUCCACAAGAUGCUCUCCCAAUCACAUCCAGUGUCCCAGAUCCAUCCACUGUUACUGACCCAAUCGUCAAGGCAGGUAUGGAAAGAGCUCUCAAGUACCAAGGUUUGACCCCAAACACCCCAUUCCAAGAAAUCAAGAUUGACAAGGCUUUUAUUGGUUCUUGUACCAAUGCUCGUAUUGAAGAUUUAAGAGCUGCUGCCAAGGUCGCUAAGGGCCACAAGAAGGCUGACAACGUCAAGCUUGUUCUUGUUGUUCCGGGUUCUGGUCUCAUCAAGAAGCAAGCCGAAAAGGAAGGCCUUGACAAGAUCUUUGAAAAGGCUGGUUUCUCUUGGAGAGAAGCUGGUUGUUCCAUGUGUCUUGGUAUGAACCCAGAUAUCUUGGAUCCAGAAGAAAGAUGUGCCUCUACUUCUAACAGAAACUUCGAAGGUAGACAAGGUGCUGCUUCCAGAACCCAUUUGAUGUCUCCUGCCAUGGCUGCUGCUGCUGCUAUUAAGGGUCACUUUACUGAUAUUCGUGAAUUCGAUUACGAUAACUCUGAUGAACCAGCAGUUGCUAUUUCUGCUGAAGAAGACAAGGCAUUGCAAGAUGCUGUCUAUGAACAUGAAAAGCAACCGGUUGCUGAAACUGCUGCUGCGAAGGAAGAACAAAUCAACGAUGUACCAGAAGCUUCUGCUCCUGCUGCUGCUGCUGCCGGUGAAGUUGGAGGAAUGGAUCCAUUCACUGUUCUUACUGGUAUUGCUGCCCCACUCGACAAGGCCAACGUCGACACUGAUGCCAUCAUUCCUAAGCAGUUCCUUAAAACUAUCAAGCGUACUGGACUUAAGAACGGUCUUUUCUACGAGUCUAGGUUCACCAAGGGUGCCGACGGAAAGGAUGUCGAAACUGACUUUUGUCUUAAUGUUGAACCAUACCGUUCUGCUGAAAUCUUGUGUGUCACCGGUGACAACUUUGGAUGUGGUUCCUCCAGAGAACAUGCUCCAUGGGCCUUGAAGGACUUUGGUAUCAAGUGUAUGAUCGCUCCAUCCUUUGGUGAUAUUUUCUACAAUAACUCUUGUAAGAAUGGGUUAUUACCUAUUAGAGUUCCACAAGAAGAAAUCAUUUCCAAGUUAUACCCGUUAGCUGCUGCCGGAAAGAAGUUAACUGUUGACUUGCCAAAGCAACAGAUCAGAAAUGAAGCUGGUGAUGUCCUUGUUGAGUUCCCAAUUGAAGAGUUCAGAAAGCACUGUUUGGUCAACGGUUUCGAUGACAUUGGAUUGACAUUACAAAAGGAAGAAUACAUCCAAAAGUAUGAAACUAUUAGAAAGGACAAGUUUUCUUUCUUGGAAGGUGGAUCUAAAUUGGUCAAGCCAAUCAAGGGUUCCAAGAAGUCUGUUUACGGGCUCAAGACCCAAGAGUGGUAGAGAGUUAAAGAGAGACUUAUUUGUAUACUAAAACUAAU